UUUUCUUUCAGAAUAAUUAAAUACGCUGUAUUUAAGAGAAAAGUGUGUUUUCCCUUGCACAUCCAAUGCAGAAUGCGGCUGUGUCAGUUUCUAGUUGCCGCCUGCUGCAUUCACGUGCUGAUUGCGAGCAAUCAUUGGGUGCUAAAGGAUGAACAAAUUGUACAAAAACUGGACUCGCCGUUUUUUAUGCGGGAACCGCAUAAUUUGAUAGCAUUCCUCGAACAGAUACGCUACAAUGAGUAUGUGGAGCGUAGCUAUUUGGAGCUGCUGCGCAAGCGGGAGCAGAUUGUCGAGCAUUUGCGUUUCUCGAUGCGCUUCGGCGAGGAUCUGGCCGAGCAGGCCAAAUGUGCCAUGGACUUUUAUUUGCUGGAGAAGGGCAUGUCCUAUUUGAAGAUCACCCCAGAUCAAUUUAAACGCAUCAAUUUGCCAGAGCAUCGCGAUUUACAGCAGGCGGCGGCGGCAAUACAAAAAUCAACAGCAACAACAACAAAACAUGAACGUGCCUUGGAACCGAUCUGUGGCAAUUACUAUGAACUGGGCGUGGGUCCAGCCACAUAUGAUCAUCUGGAUAGCUUUCAGCCGGAGGUGUUGGAGUCGGCGUAUGUGGAUCGGGAGCAUGACUCGAAUAUUGGCACGGCGACCGCCGAACUGAUGCGUCGCUAUGCUUUGGAUGGACUGCAACGUCAGCCGGAUUCAUGGAAAUUCCAUACGCUCAGCUCGUACUAUUGGCGGAUGCGUGGCAAUGCAUUGCAGGCGCUACCCUGUGCCCGCUUGGCCACCAUGCUGGCGCCACCGGAGCAGAAGGAUAUACCGCUGCUCAGUCUGGGCACAAUACUCUUUCGCAUGGGCAGAUUGGCGGAUGCGGAUCUGAUACUCAGUGCCGCCGUGGAGCAUGCACCGCAGGUGGCAGAGAAUCAUGUGGUGCUCGCAUCCGCGUUGGCUCUAAAACAUGAUUUUAAUCGUUCCCAGCAGCAUUUCGAUGAGGCGGAGAGAUUGGAUCCCAGCACCUUGCCACAUACACAACAGGUGCGCAACUUUAUCAGUUGCCUGGAGAAUCUCACCAAGAAGACAUCCAAAAUUGAUAGCUAUGUCAAGUACAUGAAGAACGAGCUGAAGGAGUUUAAAAAACUCAAAUAUCAUAUAUCACAGAAUCAUGAGCGACUUGUGCAGCAACAGUUGCCAUUGGGAGCACGUCGAUUCCUGGAUUCGCGUGCCAACAACGAGGAUCUGCAUCGACGUGGGCAAUAUUGUAGCACAAGGACGCCCAAUGGCUCCGACGAGCCAAUACUCUUCUGUGACUUCUACUCGGACAUGCAGAUGCGUCUCGAGAGCAAGGACAUUGACAUUGAUGUCCUGGAGCGUGAUCUCAUGGCCAACACGGAGAGUGUCAUCCGGCAGGUGUCCACGGAAAUACGCAAGCAAUUCAAUCUCGAACAGCUAAAGGCGGCCAAGGCCACAAAGUCCACGUAGGAUCGGGAUUGAAAUCGUGAUCGGAAUCGGAAUCGAGGAGCAAUCAUUCACAUUCCCCAACAAAUAUACAAAUCAAUCGGGUCACAAAUUAGUUUUUAAAAUACAUGUAUAUUAAUUUAUGAGUUGCUUUUAUUUUUGUGUAUAUAAUUAUGUGUAUAAGUUAAUAUUAAUAUAGCAUAGCUUAUAUGUUUUUAUUAACAAUAUUAGUAAUAUUAGAGCGCAUUUUACAAUUCCGCUAUUGUCGCAUAAAAUCGAUUAAGAUAUACAGUUAGUCAAGAAAGUAAAACAAAAUAUAUGUAUAAGAAUAAAUAAAAAAUAUGUGAAUUUUGAUUUUGUCAAAAAACUUUCUUGACUAACUGUAGAUAAGUUUCUUAAGUUUUGUAUUAUACACAAGAAUGUCCAACAUAAUCUUUAAUAACAAUAUAAAACUCAUAUAAUUCUGUUAAAGGUCUGCCGAGAUCAAUAGAUUUAGAGACUUGUCUUACAGUUGGCUCAAAAAAUCAAAGAAAACAAAUAUACUCGAUUAUUACAAACGUAAUAAAGAAUUGCCUAUACAAAUUUCCACAAA